AUGGUAUUCGACGACAACCUCAGCAAGCUCGUACCGCCUAUACUAGUGGACAGGGAGGCAGCGAAAUACGUGUCGGACAUCGCAUAUCACUAUUGCGGUGGAUAUCCGGACGGAUUUCCGACGGAAAUACAGCACAACUAUACCGAUAGAUAUGUCUGUCCUCUCGAGGGACCGGAUUUAGGGCUGUGGAGUGUCAGUGAACACUAUGUAAAGGAAAUCAUUAGGCAUUGUGUCUAUGAAUGUGUCGAUAUCAUUGAAUUGCCGAAAGAAGACAUAAAAGGAGCGCCAAUUGCCACCAUUUCCUCAAUAAUUGAGCUCAUUAUGGAUGAGCCAGACCAACUUAAAAUCAGUUAUACAAACUUUGACAGUUCUAAUAAGUACCUAAUUCUUAUUACUGUAUCGAUGAUUGUGGGUAUGAAUGAUGGUAUGAUUUAUGAUUUCACACAUUUGGUGUAUUGUGAUGUCGGCGAUGAAUACCGGGCCGCCUCUCUCUUCGUACUCUUUGCCGUCUUAUUAUUCCUCUUCCUAGCGAUGGGUAUAGUGGCCGACGAGUUGUGUCUCAAUCAUAUUUUAUGCCCGGCUUUACUCACGAUAUCCAAAACACUACGAUUGCCCAGUAACAUUGCCGGUGUUACAUUGUUGGCCUUUGGAAAUGGAGCCCCGGAUAUAUUCUCGGCCAUCAGUGGUCAAGAUAAACCGCAGCUUAUAUUCUCCGGGGCCGGAAUAUUUGUGACCACUGUAGUGGUCGGUAGUGUACUACUGACCGGUCAGUUUCAAUUUAUGCCCGGCUUUACUCACGAUAUCCAAAACACUACGAUUGCCCAUAACAUUGCCAGUGUUACAUUGUUGGCCUUUGGAAAUGGAGCCCCGGAUAUAUUCUCGGCCAUCAGUGGUCAAGAUAAACCGCAGCUUAUAUUCUCCGGGGCCGGAAUAUUUGUGACCACUGUAGUGGUCGGUAGUGUACUACUGACCGUCACGUUGGUUGCCGUAUAUGUGUGUUAUAUCGGAGUCGUGAUAAUCGGGCGAUACUUUUAUUUGAAGACCAAGAAAGCCAAAGAAGUGCACAAAAGUGAGACAUCGUCUGUGGAUUCAACGGAUGUCAUUAAGAGUAGUCCCGAUCCCGAAGAUUUUGGUGCAAAUAUAACCUUUAAGAGUAGGAGCAAUAACUAUUUGACGACAAAACGGCAAACAUCGCGGUCACUGAGCGAGGAACAGGAUAUUGUCUUAACCCUGAUUCACAUCGCGUGA